AUGGGCCGAUUAAACCUCACUGCCAUCAACGUCCGCAAGACCGCGCUGGCCAGAGUCAAGGCCAAACAAAUCCCUUCGGUACCCAUCUGGGUCGAUAUCGUGCACGAUGUCCCGCCAGCACAGAUUCUCGUCCGCCAGCAGCCUGUCAGGCAUCCCCUGACAAAAGUCCGCACUCGAACUCUCCCCAGCGGAAAACCAGAACAAUACGCGCAAAUCACUGAACCUAAGAGACCCAAGUCAGCGAAAGCUCGCCAUGUCUUCACUCCCAAACCACUGCAUUACGAGGAGGAUUCAUUACGAAAAACCUUUUAUAGCGAUCAUCCCUGGGAGCUCGCGCGGCCCCGAGUCAUCGUCGAGACAUCGGGAGAACAAUACAAAAAUGCAGAUUGGUCAAAAGGCCUCGUCCAACCUGGAAUCCCGCUAUCUGGCGAAUGUGUGGUGCAACGACAACUCUGGCUGCUGGAAAACGUCCCAGAUAUCACUGUCCCGCAGGCCUACGACAUCGCACGGAAAGAGUUCUAUACGCUGCGCCGGCGUCAAGAGAGAAGGGACAGGAUCGCAGCUGAAGAGGCGAAACACAUGGGCGCUCGGUUUGGGAAGUCGGCCUUGCAGAUCAGCAUGGGCAUUGAGAAUGCAAUGUACAAUGAUUGGGAGAGAUGGAGCCGGCAGGUGGUCUUUGAGCAGACGUCAAGAGCUGCGGCUUUUGAAGGCACAGUCGCUAGUGCUGAGGACGAGGCUUUGAAGGACAAUGUGUUGGAAGAAGGCACAACCCAACCGCAGCAGCCAGGUGGUCGGCCUGCGAUUGGGGCUGCGGUGUUUGCUCAGCAAGCGCAGUUGGAUUCUCGUAUAUCAAGGCGUCCAGGUACUUUAUAG